AUGGCUGGCUCCAUCGCGCAGCUCUCCCACUCCCUGGCCUCCGUGUCAUUGGGCUCGGCCACAUCCUGCUCCUUCGCAGGGUUGAGGGCGAACAAGCCCGCUGCCUCAGUCUCCCUCGUUGCCUCCAGGACGUCGCCAGCGGUGGCUGCUCCCUCCCGCCUGGCCGUGAGAUGCGCUCGUGUGGCCGGAGUGGAAAUCCCGAACUCGAAGCGUGUGGAGACGUCGCUGACGUACAUCCACGGCGUGGGCAAGACGACGGCGCGGCAGGUGCUGCUGGACGUGGGCCUCGAGAACAAGCUCACUCGCGACCUGUCGGAGGAGGAGCUCACGCGCCUCAGAGAUGAAGUCUCCAAGUACAUGACCGAGGGCGACCUGAGGCGGUUCAAUCUGAUGGCGGUGAAGCGGCUGAAGGACAUCAUGUGCUACCGCGGCAGGAGGCACAUCGCCAACCUGCCCUGCCGCGGCCAGCACACCAAGUGCAACGCCCGCACACGCCGCGGCAAGAAGGUCACGGUCGCUGGCAAGAAGAAGUAA